CGAAUGGACGGAUCGGAAGAAAACGCAAGCACGGCUUCUGAAGAGAAGUCUGUCUCACCAGACAUGGAGCCUAAAGAACAGGAAGAAAAUGAUUUUGGCAGACAUUUUGCACUUUACUCCUGUAAUGUACACAAAGAAGAGAAAAACUCAGAAACUGAUAGUGUAGCAUCAGGAAGCAGUCAGACUGAUACCAAUUUUAGUUUAUCUGUUUUGUCUACUGAUUUGGAUGCACCUGUUGAGACUGAACUCAGGAAAUUCAUUUGUCAGAAAUUGAUGAAGAAUUUGGUUUAUAGUGAUAAUGGAUCCAUAGCCUCUAUGGAAUAUAGGUCAGAUGAUGAUGUGAAAACGAGUUACUCCUGUUAUUACUGUAUGUUGGAGAACAUAGAUGAAAACCCACUGAUGGUCAAUGAUGACAGAACACCAGACCCACAACAAAGGAAAUACAUCAUUUGUUUCAUGGCACUACAGAAAAACAGUUUGGAUUAUUUUCAACAAGAACUUGACAUCUAUUCCAAGGGAGUUGUGAAAUACCUUGAUCAGCAGGUUUGCUGUGAUCCUAAAAUACAAGGAGAACAAGGUACGCCGGAUGAUAUAUCCAAGCUGACAAAUAUUGACACUUCUGUGCAAGCUUACUUGGCAAACUGGUGUGAGGUGACCAUGGAUUACACAUGUCGAUGUAUGAAAAUACUCAAGCAAAGUUCAAAGUACAUACUCUAUGGGGCAUUAGUGGAUGCCAAGUUCCAGUUUGAAGGUAUGACAGAACAACAGAAAGAGGACUUACAGAGGUUUCUGAAUGCAUGUAAUUUGUCUGAGAUUCUAAAACAAACAGACCAGGAGAAGCGAGAGGCUAGUCCAGCAUCAACGGGGAGCCUGGAUUUACUGGUUGACCUGGGAGAGUACCAUGCUACACCCCAACAGACACUCACAUUAGUUCUGGCAGAGGAUGUUGUUAAUUGUUCACCUGAAGUUUGCACAGCCUUCUGUAAGGAUUGGGGUAAAGUUCUGAACAAAACUGACCCCAAUAGAGCUAGUCAAAUCCGACAUGUUUUGGAAGCUUUUAAGAUAAAGUACAUCCAGAGUAUUAAUACUCUGAAGAGACUUCUUAUCCAGGCUGAAGCAGAUUACUAUGCAUUAUACAAAUCGUAUGUAUUCAUUAAGAACUCUGGGAACUCUGAAAUACUCUUAAACUAUGGCCACCUAGACUCUAUACCUGAAGUGCAAGAUGUUGUCAAAUCAUUGAAGGAGUUCAUCACAGAAAUCAAGCAGAACCAGGGAUGAAAUCAAACCAUGUGUGCAGCUUCUGUUUAACUGAUAUUUGUACUUUAAGGGAAUAUUAUGAAUAUUUAUUUCCCUAUAUCGUAAGUUCAAUGGUGAAAUGAAAAGAGUUCAUUAUGUAAGGUAAAUCAAAUAUCAGAUAACAAGAGAGUUUUGAAAUUAAUUUCCAAAUUACUUCUACCUUGGUAUUUAACACAUUUUAUCUUAAUAAGAACAUGCACUAAUGGAUGGGAGACUACUUUAUUGACGGGAUCAACUUCCUCCCUGAUAACAUUUUCUUAAAUUCAAUUUUAAUGUAUAUUUAUUUUAAGGAUUUUAUCUAGAACUGAUUUGUUGAUAAUGAAUUUGUUUUUAUCUCAUCAACAAAUUUAGGAUUAGUAGUUCUAGGCAGAAGGUUUAGUUAAUUGGAAUACAUAACAAAUCAAGCAGGCCUGUCAUAUUUAUAUAAUAUACUAAUUGUUUAUGGUAAUUGGAGUUCUGAUUUAUCCACCAAAUUCAUUCUCAGCUGAUAAGGUACACAUUAUACUUUCAGAGUCCUUAUGUUCUCUAACACUUUCAUUUACAGUUGGUUCAUGAUUACGUUUUAUUUCAUUCAGUUCUUAUUAAUCAAGUUCAAGUAGGAAUCCUGAUGGCAGUUGUUACUGACAUUAUAUGCAGUCUAGGAUUCAGCUUUUAAACAAAUUAUCAGUACCUCCUCCCACCAUCCCCACCCUCCAAUUAAUCUGAGUUCUAAUUAUGUUCUGCAAGGUGUCAAACAUGAAAGAUUCACAAAAAAACUACUGAACAAUUUUGAUAAUCAGCAGUUUUGUGCUAAUUAAGAACCAGAGAUCAUUGAUAUCUGCUGUUUUUAUGAUAACAAGGUUGUGUUUUCUGUGUAUACCAGUUCUAUUAGGCAGCAAAUGUUAAAUUUGUUAAGAAGCUAUUCGAAAUAUCUUAUAAUUUGAGCAUGAUAUGCAUAGUGAUGGGUCCUUCAGUAUGGAAGGCUGGCCAAAUCACUCUUUUUAUUGGUUAAAAACCUGUCUGGUUGUUAGAUUUAUCUGAAGGACAUAUAAAAGAAGUGUACAUGUAUAUAUUGGAACAGUGUACAGCAGGUAUGGCAUAUAAAAUACUUUGUAGUUGUUUGAUGUGACAGGGCUAAUGUUACUCUAUUCAAGUUUAGGAAAGUUCAAAGGGAUUAAAUUUUGUGGGCAUGUAUAACAUACAUUUCCCAAGAUUUUGUUUUACUGUAAAAUGUUUACUGAGAGUCUUAAUUUUUACUGCAUCUUUAAUAACUGUGAAUAAAGUGAAAUGUAUUCCCUCCCAAAUAAACCAACCAUAUAGUAUUAUGAUAGCAUCAUGAGGACAAAAUUUCUGUGCUGCUGUUCUUUAGUUUGGGUGAAAAUGCAAGAAAAUAAUUUGUAAUGAUGUUAUUAGAACUAUGAUGUAUCAGGGAAUCAGAGGCUCUAUACAAGCUGGAACAGGUGAUGUAAAAGUGUUUAUAGAUAUUAUACAAUGUACAUAUUAAAAAGGGAUAAUGUUGUUAUAUAUUUGUAUUGUUCAUGCUCUCUUGUCAUUCUAUAGACUUCAUGGUACAUUUGCCUACUAAAGAAUAGUAUUUCAAUGUAAAACUUUAUUAUAUUAAUUCAAUACACAGAUAUUUAUUUCUCCAUUCAUAAACAUAUUGACAUCCAUUGUGUUGUCUGUAUUUUUUACCCAUAGACAUGUAACUCAUGUUGAAAGAGAUACAAAAAAACGUAAAAAAAUUGCCCUUGUCAUUUAAUCAGAAAAAUUGAUGUUAGAGAAUGUUAGAAGUAAUUUGGACUUACUAAAAAUGUUCUCUAUUUAAGAUCUUCCUAAUAUUUAUAUAUAGUAAAAUAUACAGAUAUUUUGGGAGGGGUGGGAAAGUUUUGCUUUGAAUUCAAAAUCAAAGGUCAGGGAAAUUUGGAUGUCAGUUUUGAAAAUAAAAUAUAUCAGAUAUUUUUUUUGAAAAAUCAGUUGAUCAGAAUUCUGUUGAAGUAAGACAAUAGCCUCAUGUCCUGAACCAAAGUACUCAUUACUGAUGCCUUAAUGUGACAUUUGUUAAGACUUUCUGUUUAAAACUGAUGUGUAUGUAUUGAAGAUAAUUUACUGGUAUGGAGGUAUUAUUACCUUACUGUGACACAAUUCAAGGGUUGAUGACAUGUGUAACAAGUUAUUUGAUACCAAAUUUGUAAUUUUAUGGGAAAUUGUCAACGUUACAUGUAAUUGCUGAUAAUUGUUUUCUCUGUUUUUAUACCACUAGUUAUAUAAUUUGAACUGUAGAAAUCAUGAAAAUAAGGUUGUUGAAAUAAAGUUAUU